AUGGUAAAGAGGCAUUCUCAAGGGAAAAGAGAUGAAGUCUCGCCAACACUGGCUGCUGUUCUUCACUCUAACGAAUUGCCUUGGUACAAAAAGGCUCAUCUGCGCAAUCUCAACCUUCUAUUAUUCAGCAUUAUGCUGUAUGCCUCCGCCAAUGGCUAUGAUGGGAGUAUGAUGAACGGACUGCAAGCUCUGACUCCGUGGCAGGAAUUUAUGAACCAUCCUACAGGGCCGUGGUUGGGCUUUAUCAACAGCGUCACAAAUUUAGGUUCACUGACCGUCUUGUUUCCAGCUGCAUGGACAGUUCAGAAGUUCGGUCGGAAGUCGGGCAUAUACAUUGCCAAUUUGAGCUUGAUAAUAGGAGUUGUCCUGCAGACAGCUGCUCACAACCCAACAACGUUCAUCAUGGGCCGAUUCUUUAUUGGUGUCACGAAUCAAUGGCUGAGCAUUUCCACGGGUUUGUUGAUUACUGAGACAGCCUACCCCUCUCACAGGGGUAUCCUCACAGCUCUUUAUAGCUGCGGAUGGUACCCGGGUGCUCUCUUAGCGGCAUGGACGACGUAUGGCACUCGCAACUACACAAGUAGUUGGGGUUGGAGGAUUCCUUCUGUUUUACAACUACUGAUACCUGCGAUCGCCCUUCCUGGCUUUCUCCUUUCUCCUGAGAGUCCUCGAUACUACGUCUCCAUUGGAAAGGUGGACAAGGCCAAAGAGGUCCUCUCAAAGUACCAUACCGGCGGGAAAGAUGACGAACUCUUGGCCAUUGAGCUCGAAGAGAUUGUUGCUACCCUGGCUCUGGAAAAGCAGGUCAAAGAGAGCGUGGGCUGGCGUGAUUUAUUCUCGACUAGGGGAACCAAGCACCGUUUCUACAUCACGGUGACCUUGGGCAUCUUUCAUAACUGGUGUGGUAAUGGCGUUGUCGCAUUCUACCUCACCACGGUUCUCAACAAGGCCGGCAUCACAAGUGUAACCAACCAAACAUUGAUCAACGGCUUUCUGCAAAUAUGGAACCUGAUUUGGGCAGUGGGCGCAGCAUUCUCUGUUGAUUUGCUAGGCCGACGUAAGCUGUUCCUCCUCUCGACCGUCAUCAUGCUGGUGAGCUACAUAUUCGUCACUGCCUUUUCCGGGUCGUUUGCAGAAACUGGUUCGAAGAGUAUCGGCAUUGCCGUAGUGCCUUUUCUCUUCAUCUUCUACGCCGGCUAUGACAUUGCGUUUACCCCUCUCUUUAUGGCAUAUGCCGCUGAGAUCUGGCCGUAUAACUUACGAGCACGUGGCCUGUCACUUUUAUACCUCAUCGGUCAGACCUCGACCUUCCUCAACGUUUUUGCGAACCCCAUUGCGCUUGAUGCCAUUGCUUGGAAAUAUUACAUCAUUUAUAUUGUUAUUCUCAUCCUUGGCCUGCUCAAUAUAUAUCUCUAUUACCCUGAAACCAAAGCCUAUACUCUUGAAGAGAUUGCAGUUAUAUUUGAUGGAAAAGAUGCAGCAACGCCGACCAGAAAUCAAAUUUUAGAACGGUCCGGGCAAAGCAAAUCUGCCUCUGCGGUUGCUGCUGGCGCGGAUGAGGAGUGA